CAAACUCCUUCAGCUUUGCGGCCGUUUUUCGGGAUGUUCAUUUUCUCUUGUGCCACCCAACGGGAGAAAACGGCUGCGAAGGAGACUCAUACCCCAGAAAAUUGCUCCCCCCGGCCCCCCACCCCGCCACCGCUUUCAAAAAAAAAAAAUUGGUACGUCCCUAACUAUAAAAUUUGUAAAUCCUGGUAUAUCCGAAGAGUUAGCGGCCCCUGUGGCGGCGGCGCUUCUCCGACGGUGGAAUCCGACGGCCCGUGUUGGAAUCAACCUCAUUCCCAGGGUCCCUCAUCUUUCCGCCAAUGUAGUCUCCGCUAGGCCCUGGAGCGAGAGAGGAGAGGCGAGAUGAGAGACCCUGGGAACCAGUGGUGGAAGACAAUAUUCGUUUUUGCAGAAAUUAAAUGUAAGGGGUGAUUGACCUGCUGGAAUGGCGAGAUGAGGAACUUUCUUUUAGCUCGCGUAUCAGCCAUUUGUUUUAAAAGAAUGAGUUCUUCAGUUGAGUCAGUAGUUCAGUAUAUAUCCCCAGCUCCUGGGGAAUUUGUAGCAUAUCGACACUUACCGGGAAAAUCUCCAGGGGUUAUUUUUUUGCCGGGGCUGAUGUCCAGCAUGGAGGGUACGAAAGCGCUGGCACUAGAACGUUACUGUAGAAGCACUGGACAAUCAUACGUGAGAUUCGACUACAGGGGUCAUGGCAUGUCUAGUGGAAGAAGCCAAGAAUGUACAGUUGGAAUGAGGAAAGCUGAUGUACUCGCAAUUCUUGACAAAGUAGCAAAAGGGAGCCACAGUCAUCAAUCUAACUGUACAUCAGUUUUGGGUCCACAAAUCCUGGUUGGCUCAAGUCUCGGAGGGUGGAUCAUGCUUCUGGUUGCCAUGACAAAACCUGACCAGAUAAAGGGUCUGGUUGGGAUAGCUAGUGCUGUGGACUUUUUGUCACGUCGUUACAACAAUCUCCCUGAUGCUAUAAAGACAGAGGUAGAGUCCACAGGAAAAUGGAUCAUACCUACAGAGCACAGUGAAGAACCAUAUGUGUUAGAUUUAAAGGUUAUCAAAGAGGCACGGCAGCACAUUUUAAAAGAGAAUGAAUUAUACCCCAUCCAUUGCCCUGUGUGUCUCAUCCAUGGCAUGAAAGACAGUGAUGUACCAUACCAGGUUUCACUUGAUCUGGUAAACCAGCUCGAAAGUAAUGAUGUUUGUGUGACACUCAUCAAAGAUGGAGGUCAUAGACUCUCUGAUGUGGGUAGUCUUCAGUUUAUAACAAGGACACUGGGAAAUUUGAUUGACAAAGUGAAGCAUGGUGAAGAGUGUUCUCUUUAAGUUAAAAUAAAUUAAAUUCUGUUCUCUUUCUCUUUCUGUUGCAUGAAGCAACUAGAAGUGUAGACUUCAUCAAAGUCCUUUGUGGUGGUACAUAGUCCUUGCACUGCUCUUCCCAUUGUUCUCAGUGCCUCAGACAUUUUGUCAGUCCAAGUUUGGCAACUGGCACCUGCGGUUUCAGCUUGAGGGGCUGUGAACAAUCUGAAUAAAACAAA